AUGGUUAAACCUAGCGCUGGAAAGUCGACGUCUCUGUCGGUCAUCGGUGGCCUUACUGGUCGCACGAGCGGACAGGUCGUUUUCGAAGGUGGACUGGACCGGCCGCCGCGCGGAAGGCUCAGCAUUGUCCCACAGAAGAACGUGCUCAUCUCCGAGUUGACGUGUCUACAGACGCUCCGGGUGUUGCGGGCCGUCAAAUGGUCGAAUGCUGCGUCGGCGGACGAGGAUCUAGAACAGCUCCUGAGGGAUUGUGACUUGGAGCACAAGAUCCAUGCGCAGGCAAGGACGCUGUCGGGGGGACAGAAACGGAAGCUGCAGCUUGCUAUUGGUUUGGUUGCGGGAUCUGAAGUGCGACAAGAACGCACCAUCGUCUUCACGACUCAUUUCCUCGACGAAGCGGAUCUACUGGCCGACAACAUUGCCAUUCUCGCUGCGCCUGGCAAACUGGUCGCGGCUGGGUCUCCCGUUGCUCUCAAGGGCGAUCUCGGCCAAGGCUACAGCGUCCAGGUCUCACUAGCGGCGGACAGCGAUGCUGCUGCCGAGCUGCUGCAUCGGAUCCAGACCGUUGCGCCGCAGGCCCAUAUGUCUGUCGCGUCCAUUCGCCAGUCACUGUACCAUCUCAGAGCCAAGGAUAGCCAGGUUGUCGAUCGGGUGCUGCAACUGGUGGACUCGUAG